CCUGCCUAACGCAGGCACCGUGGCACAGGGAAAGCUGGCUGGGGAGACCCACAACGAAGCAGAAAGAACCUCAAUCGCCGUUCCCGAGAAGCUCGACGCCUCCCACUCUGCAUUGAGCCGGCCGCACAUCGAAACGCGACCCCCCCGACGACGACAAUUAAUCGCCCACCCAGAUCAAUGGGCCGGAUUCGGACCGCCUGGACAAUAAACGUGUCGCCGACCACGUUUCCUCCCCAUUCGCGAAGCUGAGCCGUGUCCCGACGAGAUCCGUCCAGUCCCCCCCUCCCCGACCGCAGGCCGCCGCGCCCAUCGCAUCCCGACAACAUGUCCACCCGUCAAGCUGCGCUGUCGCUCUACCGCCGCUCCCUGAAGCUCUCGCUCGACUGGGCCGUCCACAGGCACCUCUGGCGGGGGCAGGCUCUGUACAUCCGGUCGCUGUUCGAGGCCAACAAGAGCAUCAAAGAGCCGCGGCAAAUACGAGCUCUCCUGAAGGAGACCGAAACCUUGCUGGAUACAUGGAAGCAUCCUGACCCCUUCUGUCACCCGACGGCCCCAGGAGGUUCCAAGUUCGAGAGAAACCUACCUCCCCCGAGGACCGACCCUCCUCCCCCACUCAAGUUCUGAGCGGUAUCCACGGGAAGAUGUCUAGGACGGAAGAUGUCUGGGAAAGCAUAUGUAUUUAGAUAAAACCCGACAUCAAUCGACGGCCAGAGAGAUGCGACUUGCGGAAGAUGAA